UUCGUUUCACUGUUCGUUCCCUGCUCUGCGUCUGCGGCAGGCCCAUGGGUCAGCACAGGAUAAAGCAUUACAGAUAAAGCCCUUCGUGGAAAGGUGAUGAGUCAGGUAUAUCUGCAUGUGUGUCUGCAUGUGUGUAGGGGGAAAAGAAGGGACUCUAGGUUUAGUGAUAGCUUCGCCGAGGGAAACACUGAGCGAGAAGAUGGUCGUGUGUAUGAUGCACUCUGCUUCUAAAUCAUUGGAGGAAGAAGGAAUCCAUUUAUCACCUACCUCUCUGCUAUCUCCCCAUCUCUUCACUCAUUUCCAGCUAUCCACAUCUUCUUCUAUAUCCCUGUAGUACUUUUUCUCAGUAGCUUCAGCUGCAUCUCACACAUUUCUCCAUCCCUCCUCCUCACUUUUCCACUGUGUCACCAUGGAUAUUGGUGGCCUUACGACUUUGGUGGCCAACUCUGCCUACAUGUCAGCCCGCGGGAGCUUCGAUGGCACUGCCAACCCUGCAUCCAACCGAGACGAGAAGUACCACUCCCGCCUGAAGCUGCCGCACAUCGCAGUGUGUGAGGGUCUGCGGGAGACUUUAGACCUGGGCUUCCAGACGGUUUGCGUGGAGCAGCCCAUCGGCAAACGUCUCUUCCAGGAGUUCCUGGACUCCAACAAUGAGUAUAAAGGUCCCUGCCGCCUGUGGAAGGACAUUGAGGAGUACAACAUGGCUGAGGACGAGGAUCGUGUGAAGAAAGCAGGCAGGAUCUUGUCCCGGUACAUGGAGCCUAAUGCCAAGUAUUUCUGCCCCUUCCUGCCGGAAAACGGCAUCACAAAGGUCAAAGAGAAACACCGGGGGGCUGGGGACCAUCUUUUAAGUGAAACCAUGGACAAUGUGAUGGACUUCCUCAAGGAAGUGCCUUACACUAUCUUCCUGGAGAGUAAGUAUCUGAAAAGGUUCCUGCAGUGGAAGUGGCUGGAGACGCAACCCAUCGGAGAGGAUUGGUUCUUGGACUUUCGUGUGCUGGGGAAAGGGGGUUUUGGGGAAGUGUCUGCAUGUCAGACAAAGGCCACUGGGAAACUUUACGCCUGCAAAAGGCUCAACAAGAAGAGGCUGAACAAGAGAAGAGGCAACGAGGGGGCGAUGGUGGAGAAGAGGAUUCUGGCUCGAGUUCACAGCAGGUUUAUUGUUUCUUUGGCCUACGCCUUCCAGUCCAAAACAGAGCUGUGUCUGGUGAUGACCAUCAUGAACGGAGGAGACCUGAGGUAUCAAUUGUAUAACGUGGAUGAAAACAACCCGGGGUUUGAAGAGCCGCGCUCCUGCUACUACGCCGCUCAGAUCAUCCAGGGCCUGGAGCACCUCCACCAGAAGAGGAUCAUCUACAGGGACCUCAAACCAGAGAACGUGCUGCUGGAUAAUCAAGGUAAUGUGCGUAUCUCUGACCUUGGUCUGGCCGUAGAGCUCGCUGACGAUCAGCUCAAAACCAAGGGUUACGCUGGGACUUCAGGUUUCAUGGCUCCAGAGCUGCUGAAAGGAGAGGAAUACGACUACUCUGUGGAUUAUUUCGCUCUGGGGGUCACUCUGUAUGAGUUCCUGGCUGCCAAGGGGCCGUUCAGGACCCGAGGAGAGAGGGUGGAGAACAAGGUGGUGAAGAAGCGGAUCCUGAACGAACCAGUAAUUUAUCCGGAGAAGUUCAGUGAGAACGCUCGCUCCAUCUGUGCGGGUCUGCUGUGCAAAGAGGUCGAGAAGAGGCUCGGCUUCAGGAACGGAUCGUGUGACGACCUCAGGGCGCACCCCUUCUUCAACGAGAUCAACUGGAGGAGACUGAACGCAGGGAUCCUUCCACCGCCGUUCGUGCCAGACUCUAAGACAGUUUAUGCCAAGGACAUCCAUGACGUCGGGGCCUUCUCCACAGUCAAAGGUGUGCAACUGGAAGACAAGGACAGUGGUUUUUUCGACGAGUUCGCCUCGGGGAACAUCUCCAUCCCCUGGCAGGAGGAGAUGAUCGAGAUGGGGGUCUACGGUGAGCUCACGGUCUGGGGCCCGGGCGGCGCUUUGCCCAACGACCUGCGGCGUGAAUCCGUCCUGGAGCAGCCGCCCAAGUCCUCCACCUGCGCGGUGUCGUAAGAGGCCACGGUGCAUGAACCGUGUGUUGAGCAAAGAAUCCAACUCUAUUUUUUUUAACAAUUUUCAUGUGAGGUUUCAGAUUGCAACUUUGCUGCAGCUGUAAAUAGAUGAUGACAAUGCACUUCUUAAAAAAUGUUUAUGCCUCGACGAUGCUAACCAAAGUUUAUUGAUGCUUAACAACCGUUUAUUUAUUGAGGAUUGAAUGAUCACUUUUUAUCACGUGUGUCACUGUGUGAAUGGACUCUAAGUGAAAAUUGCAUUUUUAUCUCCUAACAUUGAAGACCAGCUCAGACGGCGCAGAUCUCUGGUGUUAUUUGGCCAAGAUGAGAGGUGACAGCUCGCUCUCUCCCCAAGCCCUGAGGCCCAUGUGUUCAUAACUCUCUCAGACAGACUCUCUCUCUCUCAUGACGCAACACAUACCUGCGAAGAUGUGCUACACAUCUUUUCCUUUUUUCCACACUUUUUGCUUCUGUACUGUGCAAUAAUGAUUUUUUUAUGCUCCAGAAAUGGAAAUAACUUGCGUCAAUUGCUGCUGACAUGUUUAUGAAUUCGAAUGAAAUAUUUUGCCGUUCAAUUCGCCAUGUUCUGUCUUUGACCGGAGGGGGGCGCUGUGAACUCACAUUACUCCUGUUCUCCUCCACACAAGCUGCAGCAUCACGACCAG